GGAGUUCAGGGAUCUAAGCUCAAUAACUAGUACUGAGACCUCGAUUCGCAUUGAGUUACGAAAACAUGGCUUCGAGAGCUGUGGUCGGGGUGUUGGUCCUCACCAUUGUGGCUGCACAUUGCGCAGCAGAACAGUGUGGUAAGCAGGCCAAUUUCGCUCUCUGCGGUGAUGGUAACUGCUGCAGUGAGUGGGGAUGGUGUGGGCUUGGAGAUUCUUACUGUGGAAGUGGAUGUCAAAGUGGACCCUGCAGUGGCAGUACUGGUGCAGGUUCCCUGGGAGAUAUCCUCACCAAAGCCGUAUUCGAAAACAACUUCCCCAACAGGAACAGAUUCUAUACUUACGAAUCGCUCAUCAAUGCUGCCAAAAGCUUCUCUUCAGCAGGCUUUGGAACCACAGGCGACACUAACACGAGGAAGAAAGAGAUUGCUGCUUUCCUGGCACACAUCGACCAUGAAACUGGUGGAUUGGUAUUCAUAGAAGAGCAGAAGCCCCCAAACAACUACUGCGAUACUGAGAACCAGAACCCAUAUCGAUGCGCUCCUGGCAAGAGCUAUCAUGGACGAGGCCCGAUGCAGCUGUCUUGGAACUACAACUAUGGAGCAUGCGGGGCUGCCAUCAACGAAGGCAUUCUCGCACAACCAGAGCGUGUGAUACAAGAUGCCACCAUAGCUUUCAAAACAGCCAUCUGGUUUUGGUCUACACAACAAUGGAACAAACCAUCGUGCCACGCAGUCAUGACGGGAAGCUGGAGCCCAUCGUCCGCUGACAACGCAGCCAACAGACGCCCAGGCUUCGGAGUCACGAUCAACAUCAUCAAUGGCGGACUCGAGUGCAACAAGAAUUCGGCCGAAGCAGACAGACGUGUGCAGUACUACCAAAAAUUCUGCUCACUCUUCGGUGUAGACCCCGGGCAGAACUUGGACUGCCGAAGCCAGAAGCCCUUCGGUUGAUCAUUUCACAAAGAGGUCAUUACAGCACUAGAGAACGAAAAGUCUCACCUUGUUUUGUCCACAUCUGUCAAAGUGUCGACAGCCUCUAUAUGUCAUAUCUCUAUCGUAGUGAGUUUUGGGCUGACUUCGACUUUCUAUGGGCAGGAACUGUUUCCGAGAAUAAGUGAUUUGUGGGGGUGGACUAGUGGGAUUCUGAGAAUAUUUAGACCAACUAGCUGCGGUCUUUAAUUAGAUUGUAGCACAGUACACCGUACUGAUGGGCAGCAGUUUGAUCUGCAGACAGUAUAGAGUUGAAGACCAGCCGUGAUAGGAAGUACAAGCUAGCUAGGCCUGUAAGGACUCGAAGACUAGCAUGAGGAACGUACGUGGUAGAUACUCAUCCUACUAUAGUAUUGCUGUAAAGAUCAAUGAAGCCUCUAUUUCCGUUCGAUAAAUACAAGCUUGACACGACACGUACAACCAGUGACUUCAAGGAAGAAAAGAGUUUUAUACUAUUUGCUAUCAAGUAAACAAGAACUUCGAACUUGGAUAUGAUGUACGAGACGCUCAUCCUGUCAGGCCAGGGUUACAGAAGGCUCUGAAGUGAACCACGUCUAGUCCUUUUCUCCUUUUCAAAGAAGCUUACUCCCAGAAGGUGGAAAAGAGUAUCACCAUAAUCAGGCAGUCCUUUUAACUACAGUUUUGACUAUGUUGUGUUGCGAAUUAAUAUCAGAGUGAGACCAUGGCAUUGCAAUAUUAUAUACAUUGGACUGAUAGGGAAGUUUAGAAAGUGAUUCUAUCUUAUGUUAUCUCAAAUUG